AGAGUUAAAAUGAGAAUAUAAAUGGGAAGGCAUUUAACAGGGGAAAGACGGGCGUCCUAUUUUACCGUCCCGGAUGAUGUUAGUCCUACUAGGACGUCCUCAACAAGAACACAGGACGUAAAGACCAUAAAGAAAGUUGAACUAACGCUUCCCCAGAAAAAUGCUAAAACCAACGAGUUUGAAAGAAAAGGAGAGAAUCUUCAAGGGACAGGACUGGGGGAAAAAACUUUAAUCACCAAAAAGAGCAAAAAUGUGGACAAAGUUCAAAUACAAUAUGACAGUGCAAGCAAACGAAAAAUGAAAAAAAAUGAACAAGUGAAAAGUGAUAGAAAGAUACACGUGAAAGAAGAACCAGUGAAACGAUUUUCUAUAGAAAUCGGCGACAAAAAUAAAGCAAAAUUACAAAAUUCAGCGAAAAUCCUAACCAUUAAUGAAAAAAAUUCUAAAAUUAUUAAAAAUAUUCAAAAUGUCCAAAAAUUGAAAACGAAAACUACUCAAGACAGAAGUUUCAAGAAAACAUCAACAGUUGGAAGUAAUAUGAAGGCAGACAUCGGGAAAUUGACCAACGAAAAUAAAAAGAAAGUCAACGAACAUACAGCAUCAGGAAGAAAGAGCUUAAACAUUCACGACAAAGAAGCGAAUAAUAGAGAAUAUAAGAAAGAAAAAGAAACAGCUGAGAAGGAAAAUAAUGUUGAGAAAUUUGAGAAGAAAGUUUCAAAUAUCAGGAUAUCUGAAAGAAGAACAGAAAAUAUGAAAAAAGAAGAUUUCCAUAUUUCCCCAUUCAACAUCUUUCAACAGGUGUAUUUAGUGUACAUGUAUAAUACAGUGGUAGACGGUUAUACUGAUGCAAUGAAGACGACUUUUUAUUAA